CGAGAAGGAAGAUUCCUCUACACAAAUGUUCCUCAGUCACUCUGGUAUUCACUUGCUGGUGCUUCAUCCUACACGAGGAGACGUGAUGCUCGCCAUGCAGUUCCUCACCCACCAGCCCGCGGAGCACCGCAACCUGGCAGCCUGUCUCCGUACUCUCAUGCCUGGCCGUCUCCUAGUGGUAGCUGCUGUGCCCGACGCCGCGACGUUUCUGGCCGAGGAUGCCGUGUUGGGUCUGGAGGCUAUGGGAGCUUCUAGGAUACGUAACCUCGCGGCCUUCGAGGCUUGGGCCAUAGUAACCCACACGCCCACCAGUACCCACACGCCCUCCCUACGCGACUACAUGCCUUCCCACUCCUACACGUCUUCCAACAACAGAAGUAAUAACAGCACUGGUCCUUCAAGACACCCACAGGAAGAAACAUCUCCCUCACAGGAGGUCUCGCGAGGUCGGGUGUGGGGCGAGGCCGUGACCACCAUCCGUAGACCAGACGGUAUAUUCGGUUAUCCGCUCAGUAUGGAUACCCGCGUCCCCAAAGUGUCAG